CUGCGGCGCAGUGACGUCACGCCGGGAGCCGCCGCUGGGCUCGGGGCGGCCGCGGCGCGUUAGGCGCAUCGGGGGCGGCAGCGGCGGCAGGUACGCGGCGGGGACAGCGCCCACCGGGACGUCGUCCUCCCGCCUGGCAUCGGGGGACGGGAACGGGAAGGGGAAGUGAAGGCCUGCAGCCACCUGAGGCCGCGGCAGAGCCGGCGCAGAGAUGGGGGAGCUGUUCCGCAGCGAGGAGAUGACCCUGGCCCAGCUGUUCCUCCAGUCCGAGGCCGCCUACUGCUGUGUCAGCGAGCUGGGCGAGCUGGGCAAGGUCCAGUUCCGCGACCUGAACCCCGACGUGAAUGUGUUCCAGCGCAAGUUCGUCAAUGAGGUGCGGAGGUGCGAGGAGAUGGACAGGAAGCUCCGGUUUGUGGAGAAGGAGAUUAAAAAAGCAAAUAUUCCAAUCAUGGACACUGGUGAAAACCCAGAGGUGCCCUUUCCUCGUGAUAUGAUUGACCUGGAGGCAAACUUUGAGAAAAUUGAAAAUGAGCUUAAAGAAAUCAACACCAACCAGGAGGCCCUGAAGAGAAACUUCUUGGAGCUGACAGAGUUAAAAUUCAUACUGCGUAAAACUCAGCAGUUCUUCGAUGAGGCUGAAUUGCAUCAUCAGCAGAUGGCGGAUCCAGACCUGCUGGAGGAAUCCUCUUCGCUGCUGGAGCCGAGCGAGAUGGGCAGGGGAGCGCCACUGCGGCUCGGGUUCGUGGCUGGUGUCAUCACCCGCGAGCGCAUCCCCACCUUCGAGCGCAUGCUGUGGCGCGUCUGCCGCGGCAACGUCUUCCUGCGCCAGGCUGACAUCGAGAGCCCUCUGGAGGACCCUGUCACGGGGGAUUAUGUGCACAAAUCAGUCUUCAUCAUCUUCUUCCAAGGGGACCAACUCAAGAACAGAGUCAAGAAGAUCUGUGAAGGGUUCCGAGCCUCCCUCUACCCAUGCCCAGAAACGCCACAGGAGCGGAAGGAAAUGGCCUCUGGUGUCAACACCAGGAUUGAUGAUCUUCAGAUGGUGUUGAACCAGACUGAGGACCACCGGCAGCGAGUGCUGCAGGCAGCUGCCAAGAGCAUCCGGGUGUGGUUCAUCAAGGUGCGCAAGAUGAAGGCCAUCUACCACACCCUGAACCUCUGCAACAUCGACGUCACCCAGAAGUGCCUCAUCGCUGAGGUCUGGUGCCCCGUGGCUGACCUCGACUCCAUCCAGUUUGCUCUCAGGAGAGGCACCGAGCACAGUGGAUCCACAGUCCCCUCCAUCCUGAACAGGAUGCAGACCAGCCAGACCCCUCCGACCUACAACAAAACCAACAAGUUCACCUCUGGCUUCCAGAACAUAGUCGACGCUUACGGCAUCGGCACCUACCGGGAGAUAAACCCAGCGCCCUACACCAUCAUCACCUUCCCCUUCCUCUUCGCUGUCAUGUUUGGAGACUUUGGCCACGGCAUCCUGAUGACUCUGAUUGCUCUGUGGAUGGUGCUGAGGGAGAGCCGCAUCCUGUCGCAGAAGAGUGACAAUGAGAUGUUCACCAUGGUGUUCAGCGGGCGCUACAUCAUCCUGCUGAUGGGACUCUUCUCCACCUACACUGGCCUCAUCUACAACGACUGCUUCUCCAAGGCCCUUAACAUGUUCGGCUCCUCCUGGAGCGUGCGGCCCAUGUUCACCAAGGGCAACUGGUCAGAUGCCCUGCUGGAGACCACCCCUCUUCUGCAGCUCGACCCUGCCAUCGCAGGGGUCUUUGGGGGACCCUACCCCUUUGGCAUUGACCCGAUCUGGAACAUUGCCAGCAACAAGUUGGCCUUCCUCAACUCCUUCAAGAUGAAGAUGUCUGUGAUCCUCGGCAUCAUCCACAUGCUCUUUGGAGUCACCCUGAGUCUCCUCAACCACAUCUAUUUUAAGAAGCCACUGAACAUCUACCUUGGAUUUAUCCCAGAAAUGAUUUUCAUGUCCUCCCUCUUUGGCUACUUGGUUAUCCUAAUUUUCUACAAGUGGACAGCCUAUGAUGCUCACACCUCAAAGGAUGCCCCCAGCCUUUUAAUCCACUUCAUCAACAUGUUCCUAUUCUCCUACAAUGACCCCAGCAUCAAGAUGCUUUACAGAGGGCAGAAAGGGCUGCAGUGUUUCCUGGUGGUGGUGGCUUUGCUGUGUGUGCCCUGGAUGCUGGUAGCCAAGCCCCUGGUCCUUCGCCGCCAGUACCUGUGGAGAAAGCACUUGGAAGGGCAGCCCGUGGAGGCCCAGGGCAGCACAGUCCCGAACGAGCAGGCUCUGGAGGCAGCAGCGGCUGCGCCAGGCACGCAAAACUUUGGUGGGAUCCGGGUGGGCAAUGGACCUACGGAGGAGGAUGCUGAGAUCAUCCAACAUGACCAGUUAUCCACCCAUUCCGAGGAGGGGGAAGAGCAUACGGAGGAUGAGGUGUUUGACUUCGGGGACACUGUGGUGUACCAGGCCAUCCACACCAUCGAGUACUGCCUGGGCUGCAUCUCCAACACCGCAUCCUACCUGCGGCUCUGGGCGCUCAGCCUGGCCCACGCACAGCUCUCGGAGGUGCUCUGGACCAUGGUGAUACACAUUGGCCUCAGCGUGAGGAGCCUGGGGGGAGGCCUUGGCCUCUUCUUCAUCUUUGCUGCUUUCGCAACCCUGACGGUUGCCAUCCUGCUGGUCAUGGAGGGGCUCUCGGCCUUCCUGCAUGCCCUGCGCCUGCACUGGAUUGAGUUCCAGAACAAGUUCUACACUGGCACUGGGUUCAAGUUCCUCCCAUUCUCCUUUGACACCAUCCGUGAGGGGAGGUUUGAUGAUUAAGGAUCCUCCUCGGCAGUGUUACCCUGGUGUUGUGGCUGACCCCUCCCCUGUGUGUGACUGCAUGCAGCCCCCCCCCCCCCCCCCCAGUGACCCUAACUUAUUGCAGCACCCCGAGCCAAGAGCUCUGACAUGCCUGGAGGCUAAGUGACACUGGAUCAGAGAAUUUUUCCCUUCCCUGAGUUUACCCCUGGAGAUCCCAAGUGCAUGAGGUGUCUGUGGUGUGUGCUGGUACAUGUCUUGUGUCCUGUGAGUUCCCUGGCAGCUAAUCGGGGCAGCUUGGCUGGGUGGGCACAGAGGCAGGGGGAGAAGAGGUGAACAUAUUCAGCUGGCACAGAGCUGCUCAGAAAGAGGUGGUUUUGAAGAAGGUUUUACAGGUGGAUCCUGCAUAUCUUUGCCUCUGAGCAGAUCAUGAGCAGCAAGCAGUUGGUGGUGAUCCAGGACCUGCUUCUUCUACCUCCAGGGUUUCCCUGUGUGCUGUGUUUUAGUCUGGCAAAGCCAAUGUCUCAUCCUGGGCAGAGCUUUGGCCUCUGCUGGGGGCUUGAGGAGCUGGUACGAAGGGGCAGGACUCAGCCUCAGCUCGGUCUGUGGUGUCUCUCUCCACAGCUGGGGAAACACCUGGCCCUUGCCAGGAGAGCAGCUCCUCGCCCUGGAGAGGAGAUGCUGCUGUGACUGCAGCUGCAUGCCUAUGUCCCUGGCAGAGCUCCGGGGCUAGCAGCUGAGGCCCCUUCAGCUCUUAGGUCUGGGGGCUGUGCUGGGCUUGAGGCUUUGCUGUGGCCUGGGGCAAGAUAGAGCAGGACAGGAGCUGCAGCACAGAUUCCUCUUAGGAACUGAGCGCUGUCGGGAGAGUUUCUUGUUCAAAAGCAAAGGCUGGAGGCUGCAGAGCCCUCGAGGCACGUCCAGACCUGGCACUGGUGGAAGUUUUGCAGAGGUGGAGGUCCCGGUGACCUAUUGUCCUGUGUGCUGGGGGUCUGUGGAACUCGUUAAGGGAGGGCAAAGACCGAGUCUUGCCCAGGGCACCCCACAACAGUGGGGUCUGGCUGGUGUUGUCCUGUAGCUGCUUUGCCUCCCGUGCAAGCUGUGAAUCGUUCCUUGUCCUCCUCACCUCGCUGUAGCUGUAGCAGCUGUGAGGUGCCCGUGGUCCGGGCAGCUGGUACACGAGCACGGCGCCUGCCCACGCCCUGUGCCCACGCAGGGCUCCCUGUGCCGCGCCGUGUCCCGGGGUUGCUGUACAACCCGAGUGUGCUGCUGUAUGAAUUAAACUAACUGCACAACCAA